UUUAAUGCGAAUCGUUCCUCUCUUUUUCCUCUUUCUUCUUUCUUUUACUUUGUUUUUACUUUUUCUUUUAUUAUUUUUUUUUUUCCAUCACCUAUAUCGCAAAAGUUGGUCAAUUUUGUAGAAAUCAAGGGAAAAACUCGUAAUCCGGCAACGUUGCCCUCAAAGCGAGAACAGACCGGUACAGGCUGAUAAAAAUAAAUUUGCGCCCGGAAUAAUCACGGAGCUCCCUAGAGAUCUCCGUAUGGACGGUGUCUUAGGUGCUGUUUGGCGUAGCGAGUCCGUAAGCGCGUUAUCCGUCGCGAUUUUCUUCUUAAUCGCCAAACGAAUGAAAUCUCGUCACCUAAAUUUCGUCGCGUUUCUCAUCGCCGUUCUCUUCGAUUUUACGGAACGGAGUCGGUGGAACGGGACCCCGACUUUUGAAAAGACGCGUAUCACGAACGUGGUAGAACGCGUUGCACGAACGAACGAACGAACGAACGAACGAACGAACAACCGUAGAAGAGGAGAGAGGCGGAGAGCGGGAAAGACGCGUGUUACGAAACCAUAGCCUGCGAGAACCGAAGGAGGAGAAGAGAGCAGAGCCCGUUCGACGAGCUCUCUUCGUGCGGCCGUUUGUGUUCUAUCCACCUCCUCCUCCUCCUCCUCCUCUUCCUCCACCUCCUCCUCCUCCUCCUCCUCCUCCUCCGCUACCUCCUCGUCCACCUCCUCGUCGUCCUCCGCCGCUACCGCCGCCUUCUCCUCCUCCUGCUAUCCCUCCUGCCACCCCCGCCGCCCACCCCCUUUCGCCCCGCGCCCUUCUCAACCGCCACCUCUUCCGUUCCUUCGCCCCUUGCCUCUUUCCCGUCUUUCGCAUCCACCUUCCUACUUUUCCUUCUCUCGCUCGUUUAUUCGCUUUGCCUCUUUCUUCCUCCUUUGCCGUUACUCUCUUCUCUCUUUCCCUCAUCUCCACCUCUUCCUCGUACUACUACUACUACUACAUUACUACUACUACACUACUACUACAACACUGCUACCACCACCAUCACCUUUCCUUCCUCCGGCUCGUCGUUUCCACCUCGACGUUUGCUUCGGGCUAAAAUAAAAACGCGAGGAGAUAACCGUACGAGACGCGAGAGAAAGGAGAGACGUCCGACCCAUCGUACCGAGAAAGAAAAGAAAGAGCAGGGAGUGUAAAAGCGCGAAGGAGCCGCGUAAAAUGAUCGGGGCGAAGGGAAGGAAGAAGAGGAGGAAGAAGAAGAAGGAGACAGGUCGAGGGGAAAGGUAUAACGCGGACCAACUACAAGGAAGAAGGAAAAGAGCGGCGAUCGCGCGAGGAACCAACCGAGCUAGAGAAUGUUGCAUCGCUCGAAAAUUGCCACUUAUGAACAUCUCCGAGGAAAUGAAGGCAGCCACGAAGGACACGUUGGACCAGUGGGCGGGAAAAAGUGUUUGGUCGUUGGUAUGCGCGAUGGAAUUGGGUUUGAUAUCGGACACCACCGCCUCUCGUAACAACGAGGUCUCGUUUCGCCCGAUAUCGGAGGCCGCGAGCAAAUCAUCGCGAAACGCAUCUCCCUUACGGAUCUCACCACGGUUGAGAACCACGCCGCGGUUUAGAAAGAAGCGAGCCAACGUAGGAGGGGGGAGAAGAAGGAAACGAGCGUCGAAAUCUGGGAAAAUGAGUGGAAGGAGGAGGAAGGUGCACGAUUCAACGAUCACCGUGGAUCAAUUUUGGAGAUCUCGCAAGAGAAAGCUCGGCCGACCGACGAGGAAACAACGUUCCGCCGAUCCACUCUCCUCCUCGUUCGACCGCCGUCCGGUUUUGACCGACGCUUCGUGUCGGUCGACUCGGUCGCGCUCGGCCAACAAUAACAAUAACAAUAACAACAACAACAACGUCCUUCUCGCCAACGGUACGGACGCUCCACGUUUCGAGCGACGAGUAUCUCGCGACAAUAACGGCGCGUGGAAAAAUUCGACGAAAACUGUGCUCCACGAAAAAACGAACGACGAAAAUACGAUCGAGAAUGUUGUAACGCGUUCGAUUCGUUCGAGGGAGCGAUUCGAGUCGAAAGGUAAGGGGGACGAGAAUCGUCGGGACUCGACGGAAUCGACGAAAUUCGACGAAAUUCACACGCUUCCUUUGAUGAAGAGAAUUUUUCGCGAGAGUGGUGUUGUUUACGGUGUUGAGAACGAGAGAAAAGAUGGCCGUCGAGAUACGGACGAGAAGUCGAGGAUUUGCGAGGCUGGAAAGAAAGAUUCCGUGAAAAAAGGUUCCUCCUCCGAGGGGAAGGGGGUUCGAGCGAAAAUGUUGAAAGGUAACGAGGAAAAUCAGGAGGUGAGAAGAGUGACGCGAGGAUCGAUGAAAAUUGGGAAGGAUCUGUCCGUCGGCAAAUUGGUGUGGGGCUAUUGCGCGGGAUGGUGGCCAGCGUUAAUUAUCGAUGCCGACCAUGUAGGAAUGUUGUCCGAGGAAGGGAAAUUAUGGGUUUACUGGAUCGGAGAAGCUCGUAUAUCAUUAUUGAACGAAAAGACGCAGAUCGAACCGUUCUCGUGUAACCUCAAGGCUAGACUGACGCAGAAUUUAAACGUACCGCGAAUUCGUGCCAUUGACGCAACUAUGCAGAUGUUGCGCAAAAAAUUGGGCGGUAUUUUGACCAAGCCGUAUUUCACGUGGAUCGAAAGCAAUUUCCCCAAAAAUAUGAUCGAAAUGUUGGACGAAAUCAAGUUUUAUCCGUAUCCGGUGAAAAUGCAGCAAAGAUUGGACCAUCUUAGAGAAAAAAACGCAAAAGUAACGGAAAGAUAUUUAUUGGAUCAAAAACGAGAAAAUCAAGAGAAAAAACUGGCCGAGAAGUCGAAAGAUUCGCCGCAAAAAGUCAACGUAGAUUUGACGCUUUUGCCAUUGAAAGAACAGAAUCCAGGAAUUAUAGCCUGGGCUAAAAUUGCCGGGCACAAUUGGUGGCCAGCGAUGAUUAUCGAUUAUCGCGAUUGUUGCAUGCGAGAACCGACGUUCGGUUGCCAAUGGAUCAUGUGGUACGGCGACUACAAACUGUCAGAGGUGCAUCACCAAUUGUUCUUGAGAUUCGACAAGGGGAUGGAGAAAAUGCGCGACUACACCAACAACACGAAGAAGCAUAUUUAUCUCGUCGGAGUUCUCCAAGCCUCGAAGGACUAUUGCUCCCGUCUAGGAUUCGAAACCGUCAACUGGACCUUGGACGACGCGUUCGAAUAUUUUUCCAAGCCUAACCAUUACGAAGCGUCGUUCGCAAACGCAUCGAGAAGGGAAGAUUCCGUUAAAAUCUACGACAAGUAUUCGCCCCGUAUCGCGGAAAAAUUGAACGAAUUGAAGGAUAAUCCGAACGUGGACGACGAGCGGGCGAAUGACAUAAACAACAGCGAUGAUUUGCGAUCGGCGAUAAGCGGGAAGAUCUCGUUCGACUCGUUGUGCCUAAAGUGUCUGCGAGUUUCCAACGAUGAAAUGGACGUUCAUCCGUUCUUCGAGGGAUCUUUGUGCAAAGAUUGUUCGGAACGAUACAAACCCUGUAUGUUCGUUUUCGGUAACGACUCCAAAUGCUUUUACUGCACGGUGUGCGCCGCCUCUGGGAUGGUGAUCAUCUGCGACAAAGAGGAUUGUCCGAGGGUUUACUGCACCGCUUGCAUGAAACACCUCCUAUGCCCGACGACUUACGAGCAAGUGCUCCAAGAGGAUCCUUGGCAGUGCUUCCUCUGCACGAGCAAGUCUCGAUCGUUCACCGACACGAUCGUCAGACCGCGAACCAAUUGGAAGGAUAGGAUAAUUAAUAUGUUCCGUACGAGUUGCGAGUCGAAUGUGGAACACUUGGUUGCAAAGCAUAAUUCAGAGAAGAGAAAAAUACGCGUUCUCUCUCUGUUCGAUGGCCUUGGCACAGGUUUGCUAGUACUUCUGAAACUGGGCUUCACCGUGGACGCCUAUUACGCGAGCGAGAUCGAUCCAGACGCGUUAAUGGUCACCGCCUCGCAUUUCGGCGACCGUAUCCUCCAAUUGGGCAACGUGAGGGAUAUCACGUGUAAGACUAUUAAAGAGAUAGCUCCCAUCGAUCUUCUGAUUGGCGGAUCACCGUGCAACGAUCUGAGUUUGGCCAAUCCCGCGCGGCUCGGCCUCCACGAUCCGAGAGGAACGGGUAUACUCUUCUUCGAGUAUCGUCGAGUUCUGAAACUGGUGAAGAAACUUAACAACGAACGACAUUUGUUUUGGUUGUACGAAAACGUCGCCUCGAUGCCCAGCGAGUACAGAUUGGAGAUCAACAAGCAUCUAGGACAAGAACCCGACGUGAUAGAUUCGGCAGAUUUCUCGCCCCAGCAUAGAUUGAGACUCUACUGGCACAAUUUCCCGAUAGAGCCGCACUUGUUGCCGUCACAGAGAGAGCAGGACGUGCAAGAUAUACUUACGCCGCAUUGCCAACGUUACUCGCUCGUUAAGAAGAUACGCACCGUCACUACGAAAGUGAACUCGUUAAAGCAGGGCAAACUUGCGUUGAAACCAAUUUUGAUGAAGGACGAAAGCGACUCCUUGUGGAUAACCGAACUGGAGGAAAUAUUCGGAUUCCCGCGUCAUUACACGGACGUGAAGAAUUUAUCGGCGACGAAGCGACAGAGAUUAAUAGGUAAAUCUUGGAGCGUGCAAACGUUGACAGCCAUUUUCAAAUGUCUUUGUCCCUUUUUCGAGCGCGAUAUCGUAGAACCGAAGGACGAAUCGUAACACACUUGGAAAAAGAAAAAAGAAAAAAAGUGAUGGACCGAUCAAACCUGAACGGAUUUGUUCAAAAGGUGAUUAAAGUGAGAGACGAGUAUCUAA